CCUCGCGCAAUCAGGAGACAGAGCGGUGAGGUCAUUCGCGAAUUGCAGCCAAUCGGCCAGCGCUGGAGGCGGGAUGGCCGGGUGCCGGGUUUGUGUGACGCGCGGAGGCACUCGGGAUUGUCUCAGUGGUUUAAAGUAUGGUGAUUGCGGGACAUGGAAUCCAUACGUGUAACAGCUAGAGACUUAUGCGAGUACGAUGAUCUUGCUACAAGCCUCGUACUGGACCCUUACUUGGGUUUUCAAACCCACAAAAUGAACAUCAGCCAUCGACCUGUUGUAAGGAGGCACCAAUACCUCAGGGAUAUUCUUCAAAAGUUUCUUAAAUCGCAAGACUUGGAAACUGUGUAUCGGGCCUUGACGCUGGGUGACUGGGCCUGGCAUUACUUCCUACACAAAACAUCUCUUGAAGAAGAAAUAUUCAAAGCUCAGGUAUUCCGUUACCUUCGAAUAUUCCUACCUGAAAGUGGCUUUGAAAUCCUCCCGUGUAAUCGAUAUUCUUCAGAAUCCAAUGGAGCCAAGAUUGUGUCCUUAAGAAAGUGGAAAGAGAAUGAUAAGAUUGAGCUGCUUGUCGGCUGCUUGGCAGAGCUUUCUGAAGAGGAGGAGUCCCUCCUGCGUCCAGGGGAGAAUGACUUCAGUGUGAUGUACUCGACCAGAAAGAAAUGUGCUCAGCUCUGGUUGGGGCCUGCAUCCUUCAUCAACCAUGACUGCAGACCAAACUGUAAGUUUGUUCCAACUGAGGGUGACCGAGCGUGUGUCAAAGUACUUCGAGAUAUUGAGCCUGGAGAUGAAAUCACCUGUUACUAUGGUGACAGUUUUUUUGGUGAAAACAAUGAGCUGUGCGAAUGCUACACUUGUGAAAGGCGAGGUGAAGGAGCCUUCAGGAUGAAGAAGCGAGAUGUGGAAACGGAUGCUCUCUAUAAUUACAGACUAAGAGAGACCGACAGUCGCCUGAGUCGAAUGAAGGAGAAAGGCAAAGGAAGAUGGACCAUGGGAGCAUGUGCUGCUCUCUACCAGAAAGCCGCUGAUAGGGCAUUGUGGCAGACUUCACCCAGAAGGCUUUCCUUAAGUUCACGGAGGAACCGGCGAAGGAAAUGGAGGAGACAGCCCCCAAGAAACUCCCACCCCAAGUCACCGUCUGCACUUCCGUCGAUGGCUUUACAGCUGCAGAACUUCCAAGCUGGCAAAGCCAAUGAGGCAACAAGCCAGACAAGUCCAGUGGAGUUUCCACAGAAUGAAAACAGGACUAACUGCUCCUGGGGGAGGUCUGGAGUGCAGAAGGGGGUGGCGAAAGGACUUCACUGUGGGUUUGAGUGUCCUUCAGUGUUGAAGUUGCAGCCCACAGCUAAGAAAACUGAAAUGCCUGUGACAUUCCUGAUGCCAGAAGGUGUGGUCUUGAAGGAUUUGCGAAUAAAUUUGUACGAUUGUAGGGAUCUAGCUGGAACCUUGACCAAUUUGACUGGAACAGCUACAACAAAACUUGGGAGCCAUUUCUGGGAAGAAUCAGACGUGGACCAAAGCCCAGCAACCUCUCAGCAACUAGAACCUGUGACCAAUCAGAAAACCCCCGUGAGCACCAGCACACUCCCGGCAGCUAAACACAAUUCCAGAAAGUCAUCAAAGUCAAUUGUGGAGAAUCCGAAUGUUCUUGAUUUAACAACUGGAGUGAAUAUUCUCUGCCCAGACCAAGCACCAGUGGAUCCAGGGAGCUCAGAGGAAGCUUUUCCUACAGGUCUGCCUCCUGUUGAUACACAUACCAGCCCCGAGAAAGUAUCUGGUACCUCCCUGCGAAGAAAGAGGAGGAGACGGCGGCGACGGAAAAGGGCAUUGAAGGAAAGGACAAAUCAAAAGAGAAGUACCUCACAAAACCCAGCGACGUUACCAAGAAGAGCUUUUGGUUUGACCCAUUUUGUGAAGAUCGACUUGAGCAAGGACACCGUCCUUGUAACCAGCAUUAAGAAUGAAGUGCAGAGCUCAGUGCAGGGCAACACAACACCUCAGCCAAACCGUAGCCAAGGCCCAACAGACACUGCGAGCUCCUCAGAAAUUCGAGAUGUCCGUGUCGUGCUGGAAGACAUUUCAAAGAUAUGCGAGACUGCCACUCGCACGUGGUAUGUCAGCAGGAAGCUGGCAGCGAGGCUGAGCUUGGAAUCUGAGGGAGGGAGCAGACCAUCAGAUCCCAGAGAAGAGCCUGAGCAGAUUACAGACAAUAGUUUGUCAAGGACUUCGGACUGUCGAGGACCUCGGCCACGCUCCCGUGCAAGGCGGAACAAGCGGACGAGCUGUGGGCAGAGCAAAGGUGGCCGGCACUCGCUGAAGCAAGCCGUCAAAAGAAAGACGCCUGACCCCGAGAGAAUGGAACUGCCAAGUGGACUCGGCUCGACAGAUCACCACAGCUCCCAGCAAAGCUCAACUCGGCAGAAGCGAUUCAAGCGUUUCACAGACCCUCCAGAAACGAUGGGGUUGGGUUCCUCGCAGGGUGGAGUGUGCGACGAGGGCUUUCUCUCCCACGCUUGCUUUGCCUCCUCAGUGGAGGAAGAUAAAAGACCCGCUGUUUUCACUCCGUUUGCUCGAUCCAAGCGCCUGCGCCUGGUGGUCAGCCACGGUUCCAUAGACUUCGACAUCUCCUCUUCAGCAAGUGAGAACUCUGUCUGAGUGUUACACUGGGGCAGGGAGUGUUUCUUCUUCCCCUGAAAGGAGUAUUCUGUGGAGAGGACAACAUUUCCUCACACACAGAGACUUGGUGCAAAAUACCCUCCAACUCUUGUGUUAUUGGGUGAACGGCAGUGAUUACUCCAGUUUGCACAAUCUUGCGACACUCUCUGAUGUUGGAGCUUGGUGUUUUCAUUUUUGCACCUUCACAACCACCCACCCCCUCCAGCCCAGUGAAGGAUUGAGGUGUAUUGAUAGACAAACCCUGAGAGGGUUGAUGCCAGAAAUGGGGGAAUCACAUGAGCUGGUGGGGCUAAAGUUAUUCCUGCUGUAGUCAGCACCAGUCGUGGGGGUGGUUGAUGAUGAAGACGUGAAAUCAGCCUGGGCUUCCUCUCCUGAGGUAUCCAUCAACCCACGCUGGGUGAGAACAGAAUCAGUCAAGCAGCCCUCUGUGGGUUAACCAGCCUGGGUUAACUGGGCACGGGUGAGAUGCCCAUUAGUGAACCAGGGCUACACCUCAACACAGGUCACGAGAGGACUGGGCAUUAGGCAAACAGAAAUAAAUUGCAGUGCUAACUAGGAAGUGGUUGUGACUACCCAGCGUGUGGUUAAACAGUGUUAUUAAAGCAAGUCACUCGUAAACUGGCAGGUCCUGUCAGCUUGCAAAAGUGAAGUAUUCCUUUGAGUAUUCAUUUAACUAACAUUUGAAAUACUCUCUCACAACUGCUUGACUCUGUCCCAAGGUCAACAUGUGAAGUUUCUAUAACCUCAGGAUAACAACUCUUGGUGCUCAUCGAUUGGCUGAUGUGCGUGAUAAUUUUCCUCAUACAAGAAAGGCGUACACAUUUUUAAAGCAGCUUCCCCGCGCCCCCCCCGCCCCCCCACCGCUGUGUCUAUGAAGUCCACACACAUAUGUAUGAGGACAUUUCUUAAUCUUCUAAAUGGUCUUCUAAGUGAUUCUAAAUGGAUCUGAAAAAUUAAUAUGUCUUGGGUCUAAUAAUGGGGAUGGUAUUGUCGCCAGGAUCUCAUAGACUCAGGCAUUACGUGAGGAGUCCACUUGGUGCAUCUCGCCUUUGUUGGCUCUGAAAGAGCUGUAAAACUAAUUCCACUUCCAUGACCUUGCCUCAAGGACCUGCAACAUCUUUUUCCCCUUCUUAUAGUUAUCUUUCAAUUUGCUUCCAGUGCCACCCAGACAAUGUAUUUCAUAUCAUCACAACUGGGGUGGCUUGGGAAAAUAAUUCUCCUUGCUUUCGCCCUGCCCCUUAGUGUUUUGUUUUGUGAAUUAUAAAGUGUAAUGACCUCCAAACACAGGGUGUGUCCUGGGAGCAUUGUCUCACUUGUAUCUUAUUCAGCUGAUAUACGGAUAGGUGCUGUUAAAAGAAGUUACAAAGCACAGACUUAGGUGUUUCUUUGAGUCUUAGUGCCAGAGCAGUAAAUAUCCCAAUGACAGCAUCAGUUCUGGGUUAUUUGGUACUUGUGAGAACAUGGAAUUUGCAUAAAUGCAACUCUGUGCAUGCUAUCUCUCCAAACUGCAGCGGAUUUUAAAGAAUGUUUUCUUUUUCAUUUUCUCAAGAACCAAUGGAAUAAGAGUGUUAAAUUGCUGGUUCCUUGAUUCCCUGUACAACCAAGGGUAGACCCUUAUUAACAGGAACUUUGGUAAAAGCAGGAGUUUAUUGUACGUUGUUGUGUCAUGGAUUUUGAUAUUCUCCACCUGCUCUCCUUAAAACCCAACCUGACAUCAAAAUAUUUAACUAGGGUAAGCAAAUGAGCACAGCAUUAGUCAAUUCCCCAAUCUUUUUAUCAUCUCUGUUCGUUACAUAGUCUGCCUUGUGCUAACCAAUUUGUGGUAUUUUGUUUUAAGGUGUUUUAUAAAUGCACUUUGUUAUUGUACAGAGGUGCAAUGUACAAUCACUACAUAUGUAUGUCAUCUCUUUGUUCAUUUGAGGACAGUAAUUUAAGAUUUUUGUAAAUAGCAACCAAAGUAACAGAGUACUGGCACUGACUGUUGAAGCUAAAUCAUCAGUAUCACUUUUUUAAAUGUUUUAAAGGUGCAAAUAAAUAUCCCUUUAAUGAAUCUAAUCAAUUUGGGAG